UAGGGAAGUAACCCGAGAAGAGGAAGCCGAGUCGGUAGCUGCCUGAGCAUCGCUUUCCGGUGAGCUUGGGGGGUUCCUACAGACGCUUGUCCCAGCGAGCCUCGGACUGGCCAGAAGCCAAAGGGGGCCGUUAUAAGGGCUUCCCCGGCGCCAGGCUGUUCCCCUCUGCGAGGCGUCUGGGAAUGGCUCCUGCCGCUCUCCUGCUGGCUCCCCUUCUCCUGGCAUCCCUCCGGGACGUCUCGGCAGGCUCCCUCUUGAGCCGGCUGCGGGACCACGUCCGAGAAGCGCAGGCUGGGCUGGGCCGGAGCCCGGGGGAGCCGAGUUCGGUGACGGAGGGCUGGCUCUGGCAGCCGCUGGAUCCUUUUAACAGCUCCGACGGGCGCUCCUUCCGCCAGAGGUACUGGGUGAAUGUCGGACACUGGCGGCCCCCACGUGCUCCCGUUUUCCUGCACAUUGGGGGUGAAGGCAGCCUUGGGCCAAGCUCCGUGUGGAAAGGUCACCCUGGGACCCUGGCCGCCAGCUGGGGGGCCCUGGUGAUAUCCCUGGAGCACCGAUUUUAUGGACAGAGCAUCCCCCCAAGGGGACUUGAUGGGGCUCAGCUCCGCUUCCUGUCCAGCCGCCACGCCCUGGCGGACGUGGCCUCUGCCCGCCUCCGUCUCUCUGGAAUCUACAACAUCUCGGCCUCCAGUCCCUGGAUUGCUUUCGGAGGGUCCUAUGCUGGCUCCCUGGCGGCCUGGGCCCGGCUGAAGUACCCCCACCUCAUCUGGGCAGCCGUGGCCUCUUCAGCUCCUGUGCAAGCCCAGCUGGACUUUUCCGGUUACAAUUGGGUAGUGUCCAGAAGCCUGGCAGACCCACAAGUGGGGGGCUCCCCCAAGUGCCAGAGGGCCAUGGCCCAGGCCUUCUCCGAGCUAGAUGAUCGCCUGUCUGAGGGCGGUGAGACUCGGGCUGUGGUGCAAGCAGAGGUAAGGGCGUGUGGGUCUCUGGAGGCCCCUGAGGAUCAGGCUGAGCUCCUGGAGCAGCUGGAGGGGCUGGUGGAGGGAGUGGUGCAGUACGACCAGCAGGCUGGAGCUCCCCUGGACGUGAGAGGUCUCUGCCACCUUGUCUUGGCCAACCAGAGCAGAGGGCCCCUUUCAGGACUCCAGGACGCCAUCCAGCUUGUGCUCCAGACUCUGGGCCUCCCGUGCCUACCCAGCUCCAAGGCAGCUGCCCUGGCUGAACUGAAGGAUACCAACCCACAAGCUGCGAGCCUGGGCUACAGGCAGUGGUUCUAUCAAACGUGUACAGAGUUUGGAUACUAUAUCACUUGUAAGGAUCCCAGCUGCCCCUUCUCCAGGCGCAAGACGCUGUCCGACCAGCUUCAGUUGUGUGCUCAGGUGUUUGGGCUCUCGCCCACCUCUGUGGCCCAAGCUGUGAACUGGACCAACACCUACUAUGGUGGCUGGAGCCCAGGGGCUACCCGUGUGUUCUUUGUCAAUGGUAAGGGGUGGGUUGGGGUACCCAGAGGCCCUCACUCUCAAGUCAGUUUUACUUGUCCCCUCUCAGUAUUUCCUUUCCUCUUCUUCUUCCCAGGAGAUAUUGAUCCUUGGCAUGUGCUGAGUGUGCUCCAGGCCCUUGGCCCCUCAGAGCCAGCCAUGCUCAUGAGGGGCACAUCCCACUGCUCGGACAUGGCCCCACCCCAGCCUUCAGAUCCUCCCAGCCUAUACCUAGGGCGACAGAGGAUUGUCCAGCAGCUCAAGAUCUGGCUCCAGGAGGCAAAAGUCAAUCUAGGCAGUCCUGGUGAUCAAUGAGAGCCUCUGGACACCCCAUUACCUUACCCUUUCCCAAGCCUGAACGGAUUUCUCUUUUCUCUGAAUUGGUAGAUCACAAGGGAACUUUCUUCAACUCUUCCUUGCAGCAACCAUUUGAUGCUUCUAGGUAUUUCACUUGCAAACACAUGGAUCAAUGAAAAUCUGGCAUCUUUUCAGCAAAACCUGGGAUCCUGGCCACAAAGAAUUCAGAAUUUUUGUCAACAUCUGCUCCCUUGAAACAAGUACAUCUUAUCCAGGUCAGCGCCAUCUUUGCCGACAUUCACAUCAUUGAGAUAAUCAGCCUUCUUUUACCUGAAACAUCUGCUUUGCUGUCAGAGCUCAUGGGCAAACAGUGAUCACUCAUUUCUGGAAUCUCCAGACUGAACAGCAGGAUGGCCUAAUGGGCAGAGCACGGCAUGGGGGAUGGGGUCAGAGGACCUGGUCAUCUCCCAUAUUCCUCCCUCUCCUCUCACUUCCCAGGGUAACCUCAGCCAAGGUUCUUUAUCGCUCAGGUCUGUUUCCUCAUCUGUAAACGGAGGGGGUCAGACUACAUGAUGUCUAAAGUCUUUGUAAGCUUCAUAUUCUAGGAUCUGAACCUUUGAAAACUUAACUCUCAUUUAUUUUUAAUUUUUAAAAAACCCUUACCUUCCAUCUUACAGUCAAUAUUGGGGAUUGGCUCUAAGGCAGAAGAGCUGUAAGGACUUGGCAAUGGUGGGUAUCUUGCCCAUGAUAACAUAGCUAGUCAGUAUCUGAGGCCAGCUUUGAACCCAGAAUGUAUUGUCUCUAGGCCUGGCUCUCAAUCCACUGAGCCACUUCGUUGCUUCCUUGACUCUCACUUAAUAUCUAUAUAUAAUCAGCAAGCAUCCAUGCCAUUUCUCAUCUGCAAACAUCAAAACCAACAAAACAUCUAUUUUUUGCCAGAAAAUUUACAUGCCAUUAUUAUAAUUAAUUGUGAUAUUCUCUCAUCUGUAAUUUGAUUCGUUCGCAAACACUGCAUCGGUCUCAUCCAGGGCAAGAGCUCAAUAGCCAUCGACUAUAAAUACUUGCUUUUGUCCGAAAA